CGGGGCGACAUGUUUUAGCUUAGUUGCUUGUUUUUGCGGCGCCAUUACUCUGUCCAGUGAACUGCUUAUGGUGUUCUUUCUGACAGGAUGAUGGGAGGUGCGGGUGUGGCUUGUCGCAAUUUGAAGUGGGGGGCCUGAGGCAAUAAUUCCUCAGCGACCGAACUUUUGGUUGCGAAGAUCAGCAGAAAAUUUUACUAUCAGGUAUAUCUACAAAGCACUCAAUCAGAAGCGCGCGUAUCUGAAAGGUCUCUGCGGCGUUGACAAUGCCACCUAGAGAAUUCGAUGGCUCAUUCAGGCCCACAAUUUCCACAGCAAACGUCCUGCACACAACGCCCGAUUCAGCACGGAGUCACCGGCUGGCUCUCCCCCCGGGAAAAUAAAAAAAGCCGGUGGCUCGCCCCUCCACUUCUUUGUACAUAAACAAGAUAUAUAACAUAAAAAAUGGUUAAAGCAGUUGCAGUUCUUAGAGGAGACAAAAGCGUUUCUGGUGUCGUCACUUUUGAGCAAGCCACCGAGGCAGAGCCCACGAUUAUUUCUUGGGAAAUCACCGGCAACGAACCCAACGCCUUGAGGGGUUUCCACAUCCACACUUUUGGAGACAACACCAAUGGAUGCACCUCUGCCGGCCCUCACUUCAACCCAUUUGCCAAGACCCAUGGAGCACCAGAGGAUGACGAGAGACACAUUGGUGACUUGGGUAACAUUAUCACGGAUUCCGAGGGUGUUGCCAAGGGCACAAAACAAGACUUGCUUGUCAAGUUGAUUGGUGCCAACUCGGUUCUCGGUAGAUCUGUCGUUGUCCACGAUGGCACUGACGACUUGGGCAAGGGUGGUCAUGCCGACUCUUUGAAGACUGGUAAUGCCGGUGGCAGACCAGCCUGUGGUGUCAUUGGCUUGACAGAGUAAGUUUAGGUUACGUAAAAUAGGUUGAUGACUAAUGCAAAAUCUCUUGUUUUUUAAAUCCAGAUUAUG